GACGGUGAUCCAGAGUGGGGCGGACUGGCGUGCCCACCAGGCAUACUUGCCCAAGUCCAUAAGAUGAAGACGUACCCUACGAAUGGGCUGACUGAUCCAGAGUAUGGGAUGAGAUUGUACAAUUUGGGCGUCCAUCUAUUCCUGUUUAACUUGUUGAACUGGAAACAAGGUAUUCAUUUCGCUGAGAUUUUCCGUGGGAAAGCGGUCCUCUCGGACGAGGUUGAGAACGCCGGCAUGCUCGCUCACUCAGUUGACAAAAAAAGACACAAACAUCACGACAUGAGCACGCUAGAAGGGUUCGUGCUUAUUGGUUUGCUCAUGGGCUCCAUCGUUCCUGGAGGGGUGGCCUGGUUCGCGCCCCAGUGUUCUACCUGGCUGAGCUUCAUGUGCGCGGUGGCCAACUGCGUCGCCGUUUGCAUGCAGUUCCUCAUCGGCGUUGCGACAUCGAGGGACAUCCACAUUGUGAUUGAGAAUCCUUCGAACUCCCAUCUGUUUAAGUUCCCUCCGUUGCUCGCGCGUUUGAAGGAGAUCGGUGCUGUGAAGCACCAG